AUGACACUACCAGUAUCAACUACUUCCAACGAACGAUUUUUUUUCGCCUUUCAAACGUAUAAAAAAUGCUUAAGAUUAACAAUGACUGAUGAGCACUUGAGUGAUUUGCUAGUGAUUGAUGUCGAAGGUGAUGAAGCUUCAAAAGUUGAUCUUCAGGAAUCUAUUGAUCUAUUUGCAGACAUGAAAUCUCGUAGAUAUCCUUUAAAAGCUUAA